CCGCCACGCAUGUACGGGUUAAAGGAAACCAAAAAAGAGUCGGAAAGAAAGUUGUUUGUAGACGGGUUUUUUAUGCUUUGAUAAUUUCCGCUACGCGAUCUUGCUAUGUGUAUCUAAAAAAUAUGCGGUACACGAACAGUCUAGGAUUGUUAAAACCGGCUUAAAAGGCAGUGAAGCUUAACAUAACCUAUUGUCUGACGGUUGACGUUGGCGGACGUUGUCGGAUCAUCAUGUCUGCGUGGAACUACAGCGGCGACAACAUUAACAUCGUCUAUGUAGCCGGUGCCGUGGUCGCAAUAUCCGUUUUAGCUGUCGUCGUGAAGAAAACGAGAAAAAGAGAGCCGGUACAGUACCCGCGAGACACUGUCAUGGUGCACCAGUUCGGCAAGGGGUCACGUGGUCCGAGCAUCUCGCCAUUCGUCAUCAAACUGGAGACGUAUCUGCGCAUGGCCAACAUUCAGUAUAAGCCAGUAUACGACAGACAGAUGUCAACUAAAGGUAAAAUCCCAUGGAUCGAGUACAAUGAAGACAAGAUCGCCGAUUCUCAAUUGUCUAUUGAAUACCUCAACACCAAGUUUGACAUCAAUCUGAACUCUAACUUGGAUAGCAUGGAGCUGGCCAUAGGAAGAGCAUUUUCCAAGAUGGCGGAAGAAAACCUGUAUUGGUAUCUUGUUCUACAGCGGUCUACAUACGACAAACACAAUACCAUAUUUCGAGAAGUAGGGCUAAAUUCAUUCAUCAUCAAGAUACUUCGGUGGAAGGCGUCGAAAGCUUCCUAUUAUCACGGCAUUGGGAGACACACGGAGACAGAGACGACGUCGAUAAUGGAGAAAGAUGUGAAAGCUAUCUCAGAUUUUCUAGGUCGUAAAAAGUUCUUUAUGGGGGACGCCCCGAGCGAAGUCGACUGUGUGAUGUUUGGACAGUUGAGUCAGUUUGUUUGGCAGAUGCCAGGAAGUCAAGGAGAGAAAUGCAUCACAGAGAAAUACAAGAAUAUAGAAGAAUACUGCGUUCGAAUGAGAGAUCUAUAUUGGCCUGAUUGGGAGGAAUGCACACUAAAGAAGAAAAAAGACAGCGCAUCAACAUAAUUAUAUAAUACAUUGGACAUCAUACUGACUCGACUUGUUAUUUAAAAAAAAGAAGACAUUGUUUUCCACUUUCUGAAAAGCUGAAUAAGCGUGUCAGAAACCAGUCUGAACUUGUUUAUAUUAAAAUGUUGAGAAAACCCCAACAACGUUUGAAUGAAUUGUUGAGGAUGCUAUGACGAAGGGGAUAAAGUGCUGUUUUAAAA